UUCUUCCACUGUAAGCAUUUCUGAAUUGUACAUUUGUAAUAUUUACUGGAGCAAUGCUAAGUUCACUGAUUAGAAAAAUUGAGGUUAGAGAAAGUUUUUGGGGGCUGUAUAAGCUGUUGCUGUUAAAUUUUCUAGAUAAAAAUUGAAGCUGAUCAACAGUUGGCUUGAGAUAAAAAAAUGUCGAAGUUUAGAGGCAAUCGAAAUAAACGGUCAAAACCUGUCGUGGGAGAUAAAGCUAAGGAAACCCUUGAAAAUAUGGACGAAAACAAUCCUGUACUUGUAAUGUUUAGAGAGUAUUCCUUAGAAUUGGAUAGUAAACUUGAUAGAUAUGAGAGGAUCAUAAAACUCAGCCGAGACGUUACAAUUGAAGCUAAACGCGUUAUAUUUUUAUUACACAAUACUAAUACUGAUAUAGAAUCAAAAAAGAAAUCCAUAUUAGAGGAAGCAGAUAAUAGGCUAAAAGCUUUAGUUGACACAAGUUUUAAAGCUAUAGCGAAAGAACUGCAGAAUCAAGAUGCUUAUCAGUACCACCGCGCUUAUACCGGGGGCCUACAAGAAUUCAUCGAAGCGCUGACGUUUUGUCAGUUCAUAAAAAACGCUUCUAUCAACCCAUGGGAUAACAUUGACCAGUUAUUCAGGUACGAAGAUGAGGAAUGUGGAAAGUACAGUUUGCUAUUUCCCCAGUACGACUUUAUAUUGGGCAUUGCCGACUUUACUGGUGAACUGAUGAGAAGGUGUAUUAACACUUUGGGUGUUGGUAAUGUGGAUGAGUGUUUUAAACUCUGUGAUUUUGUUAGAUACAUCAACACAGGAUUUUUAGGACUGAUAUCCCCUGGUAAUAAGGAGCUUUCGAGGAAAGCGUAUGUUCUCCGACAGAGCUUAGCGAAAAUGGAAUUAGUGUGUUAUAACAUACAAAUUAGGGGUACCGAGGUCCCUAAGCACAUGCUUAUUGGCGUUAUUGAAUCUCCAGACGUUAAUACAGACGAUGAUGAAGGUUUUUUCUAGUCGUAAAUCGAUUUAUUUAUUUUUCGUAUACGAAUUUUCUGAAUUUAUUUGAAUCUCGUGGAU